GUUUAAUCGAUUCUGCAAAAGAGAAGAGAGCGCCUUCCAAAUCGUAUUCAAUGGCGGACGACGAUUACAAUGAACCUGAUGAUUUGGGUUAUGAGGAUGAGCCAGUGGAGCCUGAGAUAGAAGACGGAAUAGAGGAAGAUGCUGAUAUGAAAGAUAACGAGGAUAUCAAUGGGGAGCCUCUUGAAACUGAAGACAAGGUCGAGACAGAACCUGUACAACGUCCUCGCAAAACCUCCAAGUUUAUGACCAAGUAUGAACGUGCACGUAUCCUUGGUACUCGUGCUCUGCAAAUUAGCAUGAAUGCUCCGGUCAUGGUCGAGCUUGAGGGUGAGACCGACCCGCUUGAGAUUGCUAUGAAGGAGCUCAGGCAAAGGAAGAUACCAUUCACUAUUAGACGUUACCUACCUGAUGGGAGUUUUGAGGAGUGGGGAGUUGAUGAGUUGAUCGUUGAAGACUCGUGGAAACGUCAAGUUGGUGGUGAUUGAUAAUACUGUUAUUGCCCAAAUACUAUUAUGUAAUUUGCAAGAAGCUUGUUACUUGUGAUGACGGUUGAUGAAUUCUCUGCUAUGUUAGCCACAAGCUGAUGAAUUUUAAUGUAUUAACCGCCUUGUUUACUUUUUUUUGUAUUAACCACUUAAUCGAAUAGAGAGGAGAAAGUGAACCG